AUGGGAUCCAACAAGUUUCUUCAAAUGUUGAGCAACAAGAGUUGUUCGGGCGAAAACUACUUCCACGAAGCAUGCAAAGCUCACUCAUUGAUGAUGACUGAAAGAAACUACAAUGGUGAACAGUGCACUCAUUUCAUCGCGAAGUACAAAGAUUAUGAUGCACGAGAGAUGAUGUUUUUCGUCGUGAAACUUCAUCAGGGGCGGAUAUAAACGGCCAGGAAUCGCUCAGUGGUUUCACUCCUUUGCACUUGUGCGUUUGGGAGAGGUAUUAUGAGCUCGCCGAAUGGCUGUGUAAGAGACCAGACAUCAAUCUGAAGGCUACCAACUACGCCGGGCAGACUGUCUAUCAACUUGCCGAAGAACAAAACGACGUUAUAUUAAAGGAGAUGCUGAAAGCAGCCGGAGCUAAGUACGAACCUUCAAAUGUGAGAAGAAGUGUUAGAAGUGCUAAGCGAAAAUGUUCUGAAUGA